UCGCAAUUUACCUUCUCCUGGAACUAUUUCGUUUCAAUAGUUUAAACUGACCAAUGGCUAUACAAAUCUAAACCUGAAAUUAAAAUGCGUUCAUGUUCCAUGGUAAAUCGUACAAUGUCUGCAAACUAUUUAAUCUUGACUUGAAAUUAAAAGGUCAACGAAAGAAAGUAGUCAAAUACUUCUACUUACUUGGUACAACAAUAUUGAACCCUGAGAAUGUUUUGCAACGACAGCCUUUGGGACACAGACCUCCUCAUUUUGUCAUCAUGGCCCCAUUUCACAUCAUGCUUUCAGAAUACAGUUCUCAUCUACAUUCCAUUUGCUUGCUUCUGGUUUCCCCUUCCCUUCUAUUUGUACAGCUUAGCUUCACAAAGGAACCGUCCAUUGCCGUUGUCAUGUAUGAGUGUUAUAAAAAUGUUUCUAGCAACAGCUCUGAGUUUACUGAGUUUGAUCCUCAUCGUUGAAGAUGUGAGCAAUGACAGCUUGUCCACACCUGUACCGUCCUCUCAGUACAUAGCCAAUACCAUCAGGGUUGUCUCCUAUAUAGGGGUAGCAGUCCUUAUUUAUUUAGAGAGAAAAUAUCAUGUCACAACAUCUGGAGUCUUGUUCACAUUUUGGUUUCUUCUCAUCUUUUGUGAUGUUGUACCUUUGUAUUCAAAGAUCUUACUACAGGAAUACUCAAAGCAAGAAUCACUUAUGAAAUCUUCAAUAUUUGCAUUAAUCUAUAUAAUGGAGGUCCUGCAGCUCCUGCUUCAUUGUGUGGUUGAUUCUGCAGGUGUCGAGAGCUAUCCAGCUAGAACAAGUCCAGAAGUUAUCUCCUCCUUUCCAAGUCAAGUUUUUUACUGGUGGGUCACUAAAACUGUUUAUCAAGGCUGGCGGAGAGAUCUGAAAGAGGAGGACCUGUUUAAUUUAAAUCCCAGGGAUGAAAGUGACACUCUGAUCCCUUUGUUUGAGAAACUGUGGACCAGUGAAGUGGCUCAGUUCAAAAGAAAAAAGAAUGCUCAGAAAAGACAUAAUGAAAGUCUUCUAGGCUAUGGCAUGUCUGAUUAUUCAUUCUCUUAUGAAGCCAAUGAAAAAACCCGCCUGGUAUCCAAUGGAGGUGUUUAUCAGAAUGGCACCAGACAUAAAGAUCACCAAAGUCAUGAGAACAAAGCCCGAGAUAGAAAAGAGCCAAAACCAUCACUAUUGAAAGUAUUGGGAAAAAUGAUUGCCACACCACUUUUGAUAGGCCUUAUUCAAAAAGUUGUGUCUGAUGUGUUUCUCAUGUUGAGUCCAGUUCUUUUAAGUUUGCUAAUCACUUAUGCUGAGAAUAAAGACACAGAUUAUGUGUGGAAAGGCUAUGCCCUGGCUGUACUGCUGUUUGUUACACAGAUGGUCAAGUCAGUGCUGUUCAAUUUCAGUUUCUGGAUGUCACAGAUAGUUGGCAUGCAGAUGAAAACCACACUGGUGGCAGCUAUUUACAAAAAGGCUUUGACAAUGAACAAUGAAUCCAAGAAAGAAUCAACAGCAGGGGAGAUAGUCAACUUGAUGUCUGUAGACUGUCAGAGAGUACAGGAUGUUAUGAACUUUUUUUUCUUUGCCUGGACCACACCUCUUCAGGUUGUGAUGGCUGUUGCUAUACUGUACAGCUACAUUGGAGUCUCUGUGUUUGCUGGUCUGGCUGUACUGCUGCUGACAGUCCCGUUGAACUCCUAUGUUGCCAACUUACAACAACAGCUGCAGGUAGAAAAUCUCAAGCACAAAGAUGCCAGGCUCCGACUGACCAAUGAGUCUCUCUGUGGCAUGAAAGUCCUCAAAUUGUAUGCUUGGGAGCCACCUUUUCACAGGAAGAUUUCUGACAUUCGCAGCAAUGAGACGGGAAUACUUCUUAAGAUAGCUUAUCUAAAUGUUCUCAUCAGUGUGUGUUUCAAUGCAGCUCCAUAUUUGAUUAUGCUGGCAACAUUUGCAGUCUAUGUCAACAUAUCAGAAGAGAACCAUCUAGAUGCCAAUAAGGCUUUUGUUGCCUUAAGCUUUUUCAAUCUUCUGAGGGUUCCUUUGGCCUUACUGUCCACCAUUAUCUCUAUGAGUGUCCAGGCCAUUGUCUCAGUAGAAAGAAUCAAUAGUUUCCUUUGUACCGAAGAUCUGAAAGCUGAUAAUGUGAUAAAAGACAGCAGAGCAAAUUUUGCUAUUGAAGUAGAGAAUGGUUCCUUUACAUGGGACAAAUCAUCAGGAGCAACCUUAAAAAAUAUCAACAUAAAGAUCCCAGAGGGCAAACUGUAUGCAGUUGUUGGCCCUGUUGGCAGUGGUAAGAGUUCUCUCAUGUCUGCUCUACUUGGUGAAAUGGAAAGGCUAACUGGGAUUGCUUCAAUCAAGAGUAAAGUGGCCUAUGUUCCUCAGCAAGCUUGGAUCCAGAAUGCCACACUGAAAGAUAACAUCCUGUUUGGCAAACCAUUCAAUAAGAAACGCUACAAGAAGGUGAUUGAAGCCUGUGCCUUGCUGCGUGACCUGGAGAUCCUUUCGGCUGGUGACAUGACAGAAAUAGGGGAGAAGGGCAUCAACUUGAGUGGUGGACAGAAGCAGAGGGUCAGCUUGGCCAGGGCAGUCUACAGCAAUGCUGACAUUUACAUAUUUGAUGACCCGUUGUCAGCCGUGGACUCUCAUGUGGGGAAACACAUUUUCAACAGUGUCAUUGGCCACAAGGGUAUAUUGAAAGGAAAGACUCGGGUACUUGUAACUCAUGGAGCACAUUGGCUCCCGAUGGUUGACUCAAUUAUAGUUCUCAAUGAUGGUGCCAUCAGCGAGUCAGGCAGCUAUGAAGACCUGAUGUCUCACAAUGGAUCUUUUGCCGAGUUUAUCAGAACUUACAUGCUACUUGGAGAGGAGAAUGAAAAGGAAGAGAGUCUGGAGAUAACUCCCAAGUCUCAUGUUUGGAAUGAGGGGGAAACUGGUACAUCAGACUACACUUCUGGUGAGGAGGCAGUCAUGAAAAUAUCAAGAAUGCCUGGAAAACGGACCAUGUCCUUGACAUAUGAGUCUUCCCUCACCAGUUCUCUCUACUUGAACUCUCAAACUGUCAUUUAUGAGGAGGACGAGAAAAAUGCAAAUCAGUCUGAUGGUAAAUUAGUUCAAGCUGAAAAGAUGGAAGCUGGCAAAGUUAAAAUGGAAGUGUUUUCUGCAUACAUCAAGGCCACAGGAACUUGUGCUAUGACUAUGUCCUUUGUGUUCUUUGUGUUGUUUCAAGUGGCAAGUGCUUGGUCCAAUAUUUGGCUCUCAGAUUGGACAGAAGACUCUUACCUGGCUAAUCUAAGUUUAGUGAGCACUGAUGAAUACAAAGAGAAACAAGAUUUUUAUUUGUAUAUAUUUGGUGUCUUUGGUGUAGUACAAGUUGUCUUCCUGACAGUGCACAACAUCCUCUACUGGGUCAGGAUGGUCGUGGCAGCAAAGAGGCUUCACUUUGGGAUGCUAACCUCCAUCUUCAGAUCUCCGAUGUCUUUCUUUGACACGACUCCUCUAGGAAGGAUCAUGAACAGAUUCUCCAGAGAUAUAGAAGUUGUGGACAACAAUCUGCCAAUCAUCAUCCGUGACUACAUGUCCACGUUCUUCACCUGCACCAUGAUCCUGGUCAUUAUCUCAAUGAACACGCCCCUGUUCCUGUUCCUUGUGGUGCCCAUUAUGGUCAUCUACUACUUCAUCUCUAAUUUUUACAUUCCAACUUCAAGGCAGCUAAAACGUAUUGAGUCUGUGACUCGGUCUCCAAUUUACACCCACUUCAGUGAAACCAUAUCAGGGGGUCCUACAAUCAGAGCUUAUGAAGCUUCAGCCAGGUUUAUCAAAGAGUCUAAAAUUAGAGUGGACAGGAACCAGUCAUAUUACUAUAUUAGUCUUGCUGCUAACAGAUGGCUUGGUAUGAGUCUUGAGCUACUGGCUAACAUUAUCAUUCUUGGGUCUGCCAUCUUUGCUGUGGUGACUCCAGGCAUAAAUGGAGGAGAAGUGGGUCUUUCAGUCUCCUAUGCUAUUCAGGUGUCCAGCAACUUAGUUUGGAUGGUCAGGCAGAUGAGUGACCUGGAAACAAAUAUAGUCUCUGUGGAAAGACUUAAAGAGUACUCUGAGCUUACUCCUGAGGCGGACUGGAUCAUACCCCAUCGUCGGCCCGUGCCAGGCUGGCCCCUGGAUGGUAAAGUGAAGUUCUCAAACUACCAGACCAGGUACAGAGAAGGCCUGGACCUGGUUCUUAAAGGCAUUACUUGUGAAUUCAAGCCUGGAGAGAAGAUUGGCAUAGUUGGCAGAACUGGUGCCGGAAAGUCAUCUUUAGCUCUGGCAUUGUUUCGGCUUAUUGAGGCCACAGAGGGCAGCAUCAGUGUGGACGGCAUCAAGAUUUCAGACAUUGGACUGCAUGACGUUAGAUCUCGAUUUACCAUCUUACCUCAGGAUCCUGUUCUGUUUUUUGGAACUCUCCGCAUGAAUCUGGAUCCCAUAGACCAAUAUGAUGACCACCAAAUCUGGGAUGCACUGACCAGCGCUCACCUUAAAGACUUUGUGGAGAACAUUCCAGACGGUCUGGAGUAUGAAGUUGGGGAGGAAGGACAGAGUCUCAGUGUUGGUCAGCGCCAGUUAGUCUGCCUGGCUAGAGCCCUACUGAAGAAGACCAAGAUCCUUAUUCUGGAUGAAGCUACGGCUGCUGUGGACAUGGAGACAGACACCUUGAUCCAGAACACCAUUCGUACAGAAUUCAGCAAUUGCACAAUCAUCACCAUCGCUCAUAGACUCAAUACUAUCAUGGACUAUGACAGAAUAAUGGUUUUAGAUGCUGGGCUUGUGAAAGAGCUAGACACACCAAGCAACUUAUUGGCCAAUUCUAGAUCUGCUUUUUACUCUAUGGCCAAGGAAGCUAAUCUCAUCUAGUCCAUGAUCUCUGUAGUAAAACAAUGUUGUUUUGUAAAUAUGGAAGUAAAUGUGAACUGUUAAAAUGCUUUUUGUAAUUAAAGAAAAAUGUUUUACAAA